AAACGAAUUAACGAAAUGUCGCUUAUCGUGGUAACGGGGGAAAAUAUAAAAGUGAAAAAAAUUGGUUUUUUAUAAAAUUCGUCGAAUAGAAUCUAUAUCCGCGGUCGCGUCGACAAAGCGCAAUGUUGUGAUAUUUGGCGUUGUGGCCGGCGCGCCGCCGCUCACCACGUGGAUCCAGUCAGAACGCAGCUAGCGAAGCGACGCGCUCACGCAUGCGCUAAGCCCGAAAGACGCCAGUUGGAACACUGCCAAGGACGCCGCCUGGAGCAUCGCGUCGCUUUGCAAGCAGUUCGCCACCUCCGACAUAAUAGCGCGUCCAUAUUUGUUAGCGACGGCUGACGCCGAGACAGAAGACGCUAUGACCGAGAAGGCCGAUAAUAUCGAGAUGCGCCUCAUAGGUGCCGUCAAAACCCGGCCUCAACUUUUCGAUAGAAAUCACAAGUUAUAUCACAAUGUAGCGAACAGGGCGAUUGUGUGGGAAAGUAUUUCCAAGAAGAUGAGUCUUCCAGUUGAAGAAUGUAAAGCAAAAUGGAAAUCUAUAAGAGAUAAAUAUGUGAAACUACAAAACAAAAGUUGUAAAAGUGGUUCUGCAAAUCCAGAAACUUCUUGGGAACUCUAUCCUAUUUUAUCUUUUCUUCAGGAUCAUGUAAAACAUAAACCUUCAAAUGCAGAUCCAAAUAACUCACUCUCAGCUGGUCAAGAUGAUGAUCAAAUUGACGAUAUGGAAUGCGACUCAUUAGACACACAUAUAUCAGAUGAGGAGGAAGAUGAGGAUGACAAAGAAACUGAUCCAAAUAAAAGAAAAAGAAAUCCUAAAGGCUUAUUAAGAGCUAUGUUAAGAAAAAAGAAACGAAUGGAUGACGUUGAUUACUUUUGCCAUAGUCUAGCUGAAAGAUUGAAAAAAUUGGAUGGCAAAAAGAAAUCAUUUUUAAUGGCCAGAUUUCAAGUUAUGUUACACGAAGCAGAGUUUGAUGAUUCUGUUGCAUAAAUUCAUCUUUCAUAGUAAAAUCAUCAUCAAAAUGCUUAUUUCAAAUGUUUUAUAUUUGUUGCAUUUUGUUAAGGAGGAAAUGUAAUGAUUAUUUUCUACUUUUUCAUGUAAACAACUGCAGACAUUUCAUCAUUGUGCUGUUUAAUUUUAUGAAAUAUAAAUUUAAAAGAAAAAAAAAGAUCCAUGUGAUUACCUGAUAUUUUUGAAGUGGAUUAUUUAUAAAUUAAAUGUUCCAUAGUCAACCUUUUAAUAAAACGAGAACAUCUUUAUCAUAUGUUCCUUUUAAUAUCUAGAUCGUUAUUACAAAUUAAAACUAGUGUUGAAUUAACGCUACAUUUUACAUUAAUAUGAAAUUUAUUAUAUUAAUUUUUUUCAGAUAUUCAAAUUGUCAAGAAUAAUGUACAUUUGGUUUUAAAAGAU